UCCCCCUCGCUCGUCUUCGCUAGUACGGCCGCUCUGCCGUUUGUCGUCGUGCUUCUCUCUCCUCCAAAAAAAAAGACUGACAAGUAAAAUCUUGACUUCUCGUCAUCAUCCCUUGAUCCUCUUCAUCCUCUUCUAUCCUCACCGUCAAACUCGAACUGUUCGCGACAAGAGUUUCACUCGCUCUGCGCUACCGAUAAUACUGUAACUCGCAAAACCCACAGUUGGCACGUCAGCCCCGCCCAUUCAAACCCCGCACCAGGGUCCGGGAGCGUCCGCCAUCACGAAAGACAUCGAAAAUCAAUCAACAAUCUGGCCCCCUACAUCAAACCGUCGUCGAUUGAACAUUUGAACCUAUUCUUUAUUCGGCUGGGAACUCGCUCGGGAUUACAGCACAAAGGCACACAGAAAUCAAGUCAAAUCAUAUCACAACCCUACCAUUAUUACUACGGACUUAAUCUAAAGCUUCUAUUAUACCCGCUGUAACGUUGGCGAGCUCGAAAGCGUUGGCGCCCAACCGACGAAUUGCCAGCAAAGCACGAUCCGAGGGGCAGCUCUAUUGUUAACAACACUCCGGCGAAACUACCAACAAAGAAGCGCACAAGGCGAUAAUAGUAUUUGGUUCGCCGCUGAAGCUGGGCCACCCUCUGUCGUAAGCUUCGUUGCAACUUCAGCAACUCGAACCACGGUAUAUACCAAGUAAUCGACUUUAAUCUGUCAAGAUGGCGACCCGCGCACCCAAUCCCACGGGAUCGAGAAAGAUUUCGUUCAAUGUCAGCGAGCAGUACGAUAUCCAGGAUGUUGUUGGAGAGGGCGCAUACGGUGUUGUCUGCUCGGCGCUUCACAAGCCAUCCGGACAAAAGGUUGCGAUCAAGAAGAUUACCCCAUUCGACCACUCCAUGUUCUGUCUGCGAACCCUCCGCGAGAUGAAGCUCUUACGAUACUUCAACCACGAGAACAUCAUCUCCAUAUUAGACAUCCAGAAGCCGCGAAGCUACGAGACCUUCACCGAAGUCUACCUGAUCCAGGAGCUCAUGGAGACGGACAUGCACCGCGUGAUCCGCACCCAAGACCUCUCCGACGACCACUGCCAGUACUUCAUCUACCAGACCCUGCGCGCCCUGAAAGCCAUGCACUCCGCCAACGUCCUCCACCGCGAUCUCAAGCCCUCCAACCUCCUCCUCAACGCGAACUGCGACUUGAAGGUCUGUGAUUUCGGCCUGGCUCGCUCGGCGGCCUCGCAAGAAGAUAACUCGGGAUUCAUGACGGAAUAUGUGGCUACGCGCUGGUACCGGGCGCCGGAGAUCAUGUUGACGUUUAAGGAGUACACCAAGGCUAUUGAUGUCUGGAGUGUGGGUUGCAUUCUCGCUGAGAUGCUGAGCGGGAAGCCUCUAUUCCCAGGAAAGGAUUACCACCACCAACUGACCCUCAUCCUUGACGUCCUCGGCACCCCAACCAUGGAGGACUACUACGGAAUCAAGUCCCGCCGCGCGCGCGAGUACAUCCGCUCCCUCCCCUUCAAGAAAAAGGUCCCCUUCAAGUCCAUGUUCCCCAAGACCUCCGACCUAGCCCUCGACCUCCUCGAGAAGCUCCUCGCCUUCAACCCCGUCAAGCGCAUCACCGUGGAAGAAGCCCUCAAGCACCCCUACCUCGAGCCCUACCACGACCCCGAGGACGAGCCGACCGCCGCGCCUAUCCCGGAGGAGUUCUUCGACUUUGAUAAGAACAAGGAUAACCUGAGCAAGGAGCAGCUGAAGCAGUUGAUCUUCAACGAGAUCAUGCGGUAGUUUAUGCACGGACUGGAUGGAUGGCUGGGCUGGGCUGGGCUGGGCUGGCGCCAUGGGAAAUCGGGAUGGAUGGAUGGAGAACAAAGGGCGAUGAAAGCUCGGGUUGGAAUAUUGAUAUUGCUGGACGGCCGCUACGCUCCCCCCUACUUCUCAUUUUUUUGGUAUUCUUGCGGGGGAUGGAGAUUGUGGUUGGGUUGUGAUUAACGAGCGCCGCCGAGGGGGUUCAUUUAGCAUAGAUCUCUUUUUAUUUUAUCCUCAACGGAGUCCCCACCCAAUCGGACGUUUUAUUUUUCGAAUCUAUGGAAAUGGGAAGAAAGGAGAGACCACCAGCCACUUGGGGGGCAGAAAAAGAUUGAACUGAUGUUUUGCUGCGUCCUGCGCAAGUUACACAGUAUAGCAGGGCAGAUGGGAGCGUUGGUUGGUUGGUAACGAAAACGAACAUAUGCGAGAAAUGGCAGCCUGUAGUAUCUCUUUCCCCCAAUGAAUGACACAUAUCAUCU